GAAAGAAAGAGUAGUGGAGUAUGAAACGGUUAAGGGAGAUACGGCUUAUUAAUCAGUAAUACACACUUGUUCAUUUCCAGUUUCCAGCUUUAGCUUGCUUUUAUAAGAGUGGACGAAGGAUUUAGGAGCAGGAGGACCAGUGGGCGACGCAAUAAUCUCCUCUCAGACUCUUCAGCAGACUCUAAGAUGCCUCGCUCCUUAAGAGAGUGGUUCAAAGAUUACAGGUUAGAGCGACGCAUUCGCACAAACCGCCUGGUCACCAAAGAUGGCCACUGCAACAUCGAGUUCGACAAUGUGAUGCACAGAAACCGAUUCGCCUAUGUCCUCGACUUCUGGACCACCUUGGUGGAGACCCGAUGGCGGUUCAUCCUUUUGUAUUUUGUGGCGUCCUACACCCUUAGCUGGUUCAUCUUCGGACUCAUCUGGUACUGGUUAGCAAAAAGCAAUGGUGACUUGUUGUGGCAGAAUCCAACACCGGAUCAUACACCAUGCGUUUACAGUGUUUAUGAUAUGACGUAUGCCUUCCUCUUCUCAUUAGAGACACAAGCCACAGUUAUUUAUGGCAAUGUAUAUCUCACUGAUCAAUGUCCUGCAGGUGUGGCUCUGAUUAUAAUCCAGAUGAUCAUAGGAAUCUUAAUCGGUAUAUUCUGGUGUGGUAUAGUUAUAACCAAAAUCACCCUUCCAAAAAAGAGAGCCAAAACCAUCACCUUCAGCGAAUCCGCUGUCAUCUGCCCCAAAAAAGGCACUCUUUGCCUUCAAAUCCGUGUCGCCAACCUGCGCAAGACCUUAAUGAUCGGCAGUCAGAUUUACGGGAAGCUUCUGAGGACAACAGUCACUGGAGGUGAGACCGUCAUCCUGGACCAGGUCAGCAUUGACUUCAUGGUGGAUGCUGGGAAGGACAAUCUGUUUUUCGUGUGUCCUUUAACUCUGUACCACAUCAUUGACAAAAGCAGCCCAUUUUUCGACAUGGCUGUGGACACUAUACAUCAGCAGGACUUUGAGCUUGUGGUUUUCCUCGACGGCAUGGCCGAAACCACCAGCUCCUCCUGCCAGGUCAGGACUUCAUACAUCCCUCAGGAGAUCAUGUGGGGCUAUGACUUUCUCCCGAUCAUCUCCCGCAGCAAUGAGGGAAGAUACCAAGUGGACUUUUCCAACUUUGCUAAAGUGGUGCCUGUUCCUACUGCACAUUGCUCCCACUGCUACCACAAUGAGCCUGGAAACCAUCUCCAUCUCAAGGGCAUUGAGGUGACUGACAUGGAGCUUCCCAACGGCACCAACAUGUAAUGCUUUUUGACUGACUGGUCAACAUCUUGCACUAUGCCGGAAACAUUGAACACUAUGUCACAAUCCCAGUUUCACCCCUUAGUCCUUCCCCUACCCCUCAUUUUGCACAUUCACGUGAAGGCAUAGGGGUGACCCAAUUCUCUUUAGCUUGAAGGCAUAGGGCUAAGGGGAAAAGCUGGAUAGCCCUUGAAAUGGAGAUUUUCCACGAGCACACUAGAAAUCAAAGGGUACGAAAAUUUCCCAGAACACCGCAGCUACAACAACAACAUGGCUGCACACGUAUUUUCAGGCAUUAUUAAGAAAUAUUUCAACAAACAAGCAUAUGUUUUAAUACAUUCAUUACGGCGUUCAAGUUUUACGAUCUUGCUUUAAAA